AUUUCAAUUUUGUCACACACUUUAAGAGCUAUUAGUCACGAAAGUCGAGGGCAGAAGAUUUUUAUCCCGCGUCAAUCUAACUAGCGAGGAAAAAUCAGUGCGUUCGUGUGUUUGUUCAGCUAGUAAUUUGCAUAUCUAAAGAUAACAGGUGAGACUGGUUCCAAAGUGACUCGGAAUUCCUGUCGAACGUCCUGCAUUUGGCUGCAAAGGAAGACGAGCGAAGAGAGCCAUGUCGAAUACUGUGGAACCAGGAUUGGCGAAGUGGACAGGAAUUAUAAGUAUCGCUGCCGGUGUAUGUGGCUUGGGAAAUUGUAUCUGUGGAUUUAUUUGGCUUGGGUACAGCGGCUAUGGAGGCCAUGGACUAUGGUCGGGCUUUGGCUUACUCUUAGCCGCUGCAAUGGGAUUGUUGAUAUGGCGAUAUAGAAACAAGGGUAUCAUGAUAGCUUUCCUUGUUACAUGCAUAAUUCUGGUGAUUAUUGUGGGAAUCCAGACCAUCAUUGCCGCCUUGGCGUAUAUCUUAUGGCGUCUGUUCAGGGUCGCUACAGACUGUCAAACCUAUGGUGGAAAAUGCCACUGUCGGAACGUCAAUGGCGAAAAGAUUCCCAUUGAUCUGGAAGCAUGUGACCUGAUCACCUCCAUCGACAGCUUGUUCCUGUCCAUAACCAUUUUUUCUGCCCUUGGUACCAUCAUCUCUCUCGCUGGCUCUAUUCUGGGAUGCAUGGGAACGUGUUGUGCAAGAACUCAGCAGCCAGGAGCAGUAGUUGUGGUCCAGCAGCCAUCUGGUACCCAGUCUUCUGUGGUAUACACUGUCCCCCAGUACCCAGCCCAGUACCCAAUGGCUCAACCUGGACAAUAUCCAGCACAGCAUGCUGCAGCCCCAAUGGGCCACUAUCCUCCACCCCAGUACUCUGCUACUGCACCAGGAGGAGUACAGCCUGGAGAUGAGGGUAUACCACCCAAAGCAUAGUGGAACAGUUCAAAUCUAAGAGUGUCUGGAAAGGACAUUCCCUUUUGCUGUUGCCAAAAACAUGUGACAUUUAUUUAGAAAUCAAAAUAACAAGUUUCCAGUAAAACAAAACAAAAAUAUUUUCCUUUCAGAAAUGUGAUGUUUGGAGAUCAUGCCAAUUUCAUUUGCAUUAAUUCAUCCAUUUGCUACCUGUUUUAGAUAAAAAUUUCCUAAAAUAUCUGUUUACUUUUACUGAAUUAAAGAGGAAAUCAACUAUGUUUAUGGCUUCAUUGUGGAAAUAACAAAAAGCUUCUUUAGUCCAUGUUUGCUCUAGAGCUUCUCAAAUGACAAUCGGGCUAUGUUAUUAUUCUACCUUUUUUUCCUUUUGUUUGGAAACAUAUCACAAGUUAAUUACAUAUAGACUGUGUGAUUUACCUUUGUAGAAACAAGACAGAGUGCCAAAUAUCAGUGUCAUUCUUUGAAAUCCCAUUGUGUGCAAUGGGGAAAUUUUUCAUCGUUAGCCGCAAACCUUUUAAAGAAUUAGACCUGUAUGAUACACUGUUUGUAGUUUAAAACAUAUUGGAUACAGUUUGUUAUGGGAAACUUUAAAAAUACCUGUCAAUAGUAAUUAGAUAAUUUAACAGAUUGUCUUGUGUACCCAUUAAAGUUUUUAAACUAUC